GCCCGGCCCGGCCGAGCGGGGAGGAGCCGCGGGCGGCCGAGCCGGGCCGUCGCGCCGGCGCCGCUGGGAGAGGCCGGCGCGAAGGAGAAGGGGCUGGCGGCUGCGGCGGCCAAUGCGAAACUGGCUGGUGCUGCUGUGCCCCUGUGUGGUCGGGGUCGCGCUGCACCUCUGGCUGCUGCUGAGCUGCCCCGGGAGCCACCCGGCAGGUCCACUGUCCUUCUUUCCUCAGUGGAAGCUGAAACAUUAUGAUGUUAUUGUAGGUGUUUUGUCAGCUCGACACAAUCAUGAGCUACGCAGUGUUAUAAGGAACACUUGGGUCAAGCACCUGAAGCAACAUCCUGCCCUGAACCAACGUGUCCUUGUGAAGUUUAUAAUAGGUGCGCAUGGUUGUGCUGUGCCAGUGAAGGACAGAGAAGACCCCUACUCCUGCAAACUUCUGAACAUCAGUAACCCAGUUUUGAAUCAGGAAAUUGAAGCAUUCAGUCUCCCUGAGGACAUACCUUCUGUGCUGUCUGAGGACAGAAUCGUCAGUGUGAACUUUCGUGUACUUUACCCCAUUGUCAUUACCAGCCUUGGGGUAUUUUAUGAGGCUGAUGGGGUGGGAUUCCAGAGGAACAUCACUGUAAAGCUGUACCAGGCAGAACAUGAGGAAGCGAUCUUCAGUGCUCGCUUUAGUCCACCAAGCUGUGGAGUGCAGGUGAACAGAUUGUGGUACAAGCCAGUAGAGCAGUUUAUUUUGCCAGAGAGUUUUGAAGGUACUAUUGUAUGGGAGAGCCAGGAUCUUCAGGGCUUGGUUUCAAGAAAUCUUCAUAGAGUGAUGGUGAAUGAUGGAGGAGGUGUUUUCAGAGUCAUUACAGCAGGGGAAGGGUCACUGCCACAUGAACUCACAGAAGGUGUGGAGGGAAUAGCAGGUGGUUUUAUCUACACUAUUCAAGAAGGUGAUGCUCUUUUAAAAAGCCUCCAUACUCGCCCAGAAAGGUUUACAAGUCACAUUAAAAACCUUGAGAAAGAAGACACUUUAUUGAAGGAAGAAAGCAGUACCUAUGAUGACAUUGUUUUUGUGGAUGUGAUUGACACUUACAGAAACGUUCCCUCCAAAUUGCUGAACUUCUACCGAUGGACAGUUGAAUCAACAAGUUUUGACUUGUUGCUGAAGACUGAUGAUGACUGUUACAUUGAUUUGGAAGCUGUUUUUAACAGGAUAAUGCAGAAAAAAUUGGACAGGCCAAAUAUUUGGUGGGGAAAUUUCAGACUAAAUUGGGCAGUUGAUCGAACUGGGAAAUGGCAAGAACUGGAGUAUCCAAGUCCUGCAUACCCAGCCUUUGCUUGUGGAUCUGGCUAUGUAAUCUCCAAAGACAUUGUGCAGUGGCUGGCAAGCAACUCUGAAAGAUUAAAAACGUACCAGGGUGAAGAUGUGAGCAUGGGCAUCUGGAUGGCAGCUGUAGGACCCAAGCGAUAUCAAGAUGAUCUCUGGUUGUGUGAGAAGACAUGUGAGAGUGGCAUGCUGUCUUCCCCCCAGUACUCUCCCCAGGAACUGGGAGAGCUCUGGAGAUUAAAGGAACUGUGUGGAGAUCCAUGUAGAUGUGAGGAAAGAUGAUGGACUUGCCUUGGAAAACAGGGUAGUAUAUAAUGAUCAUGGAAAAGUGUACAUUUGGAUUCAUUCAUGGAAUAAGAAAUAUUAAGGUAACCUUUAAUGUUGGGUUUCAACUAAAGUAUAACAAUAUUUGCACAUCCCUUUUGAUAAUCACGAGUGGACUGAUACUAUUCGUUUUCUAUAGUGUAGAUGUUGAUCAGACAAAAACCAAAAUGUUCAAUAUUAAAAAAAAAUCCUUUUUAUAAAAAGUCAAAGACCUACUUGUAAUUAAUAAAUGCACAUAAGAAUGCCAACUAGCCUGUCUUUUGUAAAUUAAAGCACUACUGAUUUGACUCAGUAUAGGGCUGUUCCAGGAUCCUGUGGAGAGUUGUGCUCAGCACCAGGGCAAUUGGUAAGUCUUGCUGCAGCAGGUUCUGUGCUAAGGAGUUGUCCUCAUCUGUGCAGGGAUGGGGACAGCAAUGGGGGCCAGGAUUUGUGAUCAGUUUGUUUAUACCACUGUCAUUUAGACAGAAAUAAAAUCAAGGUUUGCUUAUACCAAAUCUUCAAGUACUACAAAGUUGGCCUGAUUUAGGAGGGAUUUCUUAGAGCUCACUGUGUUACUAGAUUGGAAUCUGAGGUUACACAAGUAAAAGUAAAAUAAGAUCAAAGAACAGCACGCAUAAGAUUAUAAAAUAAUUAGCAAUGCCUUGCAGUGUGCUGAGAACUUCUUUAUAAUGUGGUAUGUUAAUACUGUAGGGUAGAAGAAAGGUCUGGCAGAUUUUGACCCAAAUCAUCUAAGGUAGAUACUUCUAAAAUUACUACUGGGUUUUGUUCACUUUAAGGUCAUUGGAUGUAGGUGAAAGCAAAGAGCAGGUGGCCUCUCAGUGCUGCACUAAUCUUGUCUUGUCAGUAAACCCUGUAUUUGGUUCAGUAAAACAAAUUCUCACACUGCUGAGGGAAGGCAGUAUAAAAUUGGCAAAAGGGUGUCUUUGAGUUUUAUUUAAUUAAAGCAUUUAAGCACUAUUUGGUAUCUCUCCAGUAGGACAAAUGAGCAGAUGUUUUCAUGGAGGCUGACGAUCAAGUUGAGGAGCUGAAAGUACAAUUGCACAGUCCUCUGGUGCCACAUGUGAAACUCAUAUUCACCUAUAUGUCUGUUCAGGCACAGGCUGUCCAUGUGUCUCUCUUUUGCAGUUCUGUGUCAGCUUUUCCUUUAGUCCAGCAAGAGAGUCCCUUCUUACCACCGUACUAACACACAAUCUCCACUUUCUAUUGAGUAAAACUGCAAAGGCUUUAA